AUGUCUGGUUUAGCUAACGCGGGAGGCGAUAUCGUAUUGCUGAUUGCGCAUACGUUGAAAUCCAUCUGGCCUGCGGCUUCCCCACAACGCGAUGCGGAUACUGGAAGGGAUAUUUUGGGCAUGGGCUGGAUCACCCUCACGCACUUAAAUCAGCGUUUCAGGACUAUACUGCUCGACGACGAUACGCUCUGGAAAGACAUAGGGAUGGCAUUUCUCAAAUUUGAUGCCGUUAAAUGUAUCACUGGUCGUCUUACGCGGCUAUCUGCCGAUAUAUCGUACGACCAGCAUUUGCGGACCGCGGCUUGUAUAUCAUCCGCUAUCCCGGAUCUCGACGCCAUAACUUCCCCGGACAAUGGUGUUCUCCUACAAGCGGGUACCAUUACGUCGACAUUCUUGUCCGGUACUGGUGUGGUUCUGCCCUUCCAGCCUGAGGACAGUAACGUUCCUUUGAAUGGUUGCAACUGGCGGAGGGCGUUCGAAGGGCAGACCUUUCCGAACCUGGCAAUACUUACGACGGUCAUCUGUUCCAAGACACCGCUCCCCGUUCCAAGCUUUAUCGCGCCGUCUUUACGCGCCAUCAACCUCUCGGGAAUUUAUACUACCGACGAAAGCACAGAAGGGUGUUCGUAUCGGUCGUCCUGGGAUCAUCCGGGCACCAUGGAUGGGGCAUCGUUCCUACGCAUGCUUCGGGGACUACCGUCAUUACGCGAGCUGCGGCUACAAGACAUCGCACUUUUCACCGCACAACAACCUCAAUUCGGAGUUGACGGACUAAUCGGACACAUCAGAAGCCUAUACGUUCACACCAGCCAUUCGAAGACCGUUCGGCUGCUUCUUGAAUCAUUGGAUCCAUCCAGGCUGAAGGACUUGACCGCUGUAACGCGCAUUGGUUCUCAGGACGUUAUACCCGCGUGGGCGUGGUCUGGAUCUUCCUUAACUUCGUUGGAUAACCUCGACCUCGUCGUUGAGUCGUCAAGAGAUCUUAGUUGGGUUACGUUGUGCAAACCACGUCGUGGCGCAUACAGCCCUUACGAGUAUUGCGGCACCGAAGACACUCUUGACAUAUCAAGGCAUCGUGCUGGGCGUCCCAAUAUCAUCAUUGGGCGUAAGCGCUUGACCAGGUUAUACUGCCAUGGUCCCACAAGCGUGUUCGAAGCGAUCAACGGUCCUCCUCAAACGAUCCUUACAUCGCCCUUUCCUUUGGACCUGGACGCGAUGCAUAACAAGAUUUACAAAGUGGUCAUUCUUGGUCUAUAUGCACUUUCCCGCACCGCCGGCUGGCACUUGCUUCCCGAAGGGGAUGACUAUAGAUUUAUCUCGAGGCUGCCGUGGGCGGGCGAGUACCAUUUACUUGACGAGCGCGCGGCUGCCAGGUGUUUCCAGUUUUUCGACAAGUCCUUGGAUAAUUUAGUCAUUAUCAGUCUGAGCCCUUGGUAUGGGCGUUCUGCGAUCAGCGAACUCGCUUCUAUUCUCCGAUCUGGAGGGAUGGUCGCACCGAAGCGUGUGGAGCUGCGGGGCUCAGUUCGCAUGGCGGACGGAUCUGAUGUCACCGAAAUCGAUGACAUGGUGGGCCGUCGACUUGUCGACAAACGUACCCAGUACAUGUCCGAUGAAGCGGAUGAAGUUCAGGAACUCAAGCAUGCUGAGGUAAGGUUAUCUUUUAUUUUCAUCGGCAAGAAAUAUUCGAGCUAA